AUAAUAACUACAGAAAUUCAAGUAAAAGUUGCCGAACGCUGGUGUGACGUCAGAUGGUAGACAUGAAUCACGUGCCCCUAGAGCUGCUUGUCUCACUUUACUGAUCUGAUGAACUUGAUGCGUGCUUGGUGAAAAUCUGAGUGUGCCGGUUCGCGGACCAAACUCGGCGUGCAUUCAGUUCUGUCGGUGUUGUUGGUCGUCGGUUUUCCCUUUCCCGGACGUUUUGAAAGUGUGGAAAUACACCACGGUUAAGGAAGAGCUGGAGCUUUUAACCCUUCACGAGGCACCCCAUUAAGGUGUCUUCCUGCCUGCUCAGAUGUCCACCACAGCAAAGCUGCGAGUCAUUUUUGAUGAUCUUACUGUGCGCAAAUUGAUUCUACCAUCCGGUAUCCCCAGUACUCUUCAGGAUCUCAAGCUUGUCAUCCAGAGCACAUUCAGCACUCCAGAUGGCUUUUCUCUAAUGUAUCAAGAUGUGGAGUUCGGGGGCCAAUUCUUUACACUGACCUCUAUAGAAGAUGUGCAAGACAGGGGUACGCUCAAAGUUGUUAAAGUUGAACCAGUCAUUGUAGAUCUCUGUGCAGUGGAAGAAUCAGAUGGCGUGUCAUCCACAUCUUUAGCAUCUCAGGACACAAUUUUGCUCUCGUCAUCAUCUGAUGAAAGUCCCUUGUCCCAACCAUGGCCAAGAAAUGUUGAAAUUGGAGAAACAAAAGAGGCAAUGGAAGAAGAGAGGGUGGUUCUACUCACAGAAGUGAAAAAGAACAACAACGAGGAGAUUAUCCGUGAGAAAAUGGAGAAGACCUUUUCGUAUCGACGGUUGGAGGUUGUCAACCAGAUGCCCUCAGUCCCAGAUGUCAUGGCGAGAUGGCCUGCCCUUUUCUAUGAGUCUCAGGUAAAGGAGGAGUUCAAGAGGAUCACAACUAUCCAUCUGGACCAAACCUUUUUGACUAAGAUGGAUCUCUACACUCCAAAACUCCUGACCAUCUUCAAGACAAAGGGUGGGACUGCAGGCACAAAAAUAAACAGCGUCUUGGAGUCACUCAGUCAGAAACAGAUCUAUAGCCAUGAUGCGGUCAUCCGUUGUCUGAUCCAUUUCCUGGGAGAAUCGGCAGAGGAGCUCAUUAAAGACUACCAGCAGGAUGUUUCCAAGGAUGCCAUCGAACAAGACAUCAAAGACCAUGAGAUCAAGAUCCUUGUGCUGGGCAGUGCUGCAGAGGGUGUCCCCCCAACUGAUGUCAUCAUUGUGAUCGAUGGUACAGAGGUAUUGGGUGGUUGUAAAACACUCACCAAUGCUUGCAUUUUGCUCAUGGGCUUUGUGUACUCCCUAGAUCUCAGAUAUCCCCCAAAAUUGCAAUAUACAUUUGAAGUUUUUCAAAAGUUGUUUUUGGAGUUGGAUGAUUUUAAGUUCUCCCCCAAAGUGGAUUCUCUGUGGAGGAAACUGGUACUGUAAAAGGGAAAUGAAACUACAGCACAUGCGGCACAGAUGCAAUUGAAUUGUGAGCUUGUUCAUAACUGUUCAUGAAGGGCUUUGAGUUAUGCGUCUUGCUCUUUAGUGUAGGUUUAUUUAAGGACUUGAUUAAUGUAAAAAUGGGCCUGUACAGGUUGGAUUUGUCUUUCUUUUCAUUCUUUUUUACUUUGAAUUUCAUUACUGUGUACUAUAGGUCCAGUUAUUAAGUUCCCUCUCAGUCUUUGCAUCAUUUAUAGGACCCACAUCACUCACCAGUACUUGCAUUCUGCUCAUGGGCUUUGUGUACUCAAUAAGUAUGUGCAUCCCAGUUUGGAGCAUAUCGGAGCUUUAAAGUUUUUCAAAAGUUGCGUUUGGAUGACUUCAACAUUCUCCAAAAAGUGGGUUCUUUGAGGGUAAAUCUACUACUGUAAAAGGAGAAUAUGCCAUUGUAUAUUACGGAUGAGUGACUUCACUUUGAAGUCUGUGUGCAUAAGUCUGAGUUAUGCGUCUUGCUAGGUUUGUUCAACAAGUUCAAUAAUGUACAGAUGGACAUGGGCAACUUAUUGCGUUUUUCUUUUAUUUUAAAGAAUUUUAUUCUUUGAAUAUUUUAUUAUUGUGCACUAUAGGCCAAUUAGUUGGUUCCCUUGCAAACAUUUUCCGUCCCAAGGCUAACUCAUUCCUCACUUACGUGAACCACACACACACACACACACACACACACAGACACAGACGCGCGCGCGCACGCAUGCAGUUUGUUUCAUAUAAAUUGGCCCAGACCAGAGAUUACUUUUAUACCGUUCUGUGAUCAAAUGUUUCUGGAUUACUUCUCUUAAUGGUACAUUAAGAACAAGAGCUAAGCUAAAUUGAGAUAGAUGAUAACAGUAAGACAGAGGUCAAGUUUAGAUAACCAGUCAAGCAGAACUUGAGAAGAAGGAUCACAGAUGAGGGAACAGAAAAUGAGUCAACUCUAUUCAUCCUUCUUCUCAAAUAUUGCUCAACUGUUUAUCUCAACUUCACCUCCUUUGUCUUAGUUAUAUCACAGAAUACAGUGUCUCUGAACAUUUCAAGAAAGGCCACAAAGUGGACCCUCCCUACUCUGUCUCUCUCGCGCACACACACGCUUAAACACGCUCCCAUUCCUAUUUUUUUUGCUUUUUUCCCCCAGUGUUUUAUUGAACGUUUCAUUUUUAUCAUCUUGAAGAAUUUAAUUGUAUCUUGAAGAAUUUUAUAUUGUCAUGUACAAAAUGCCCACUUUUUUGUAUGCAGGUUUUGCGUUGAAAAAUAAAUGGCAAA